UUUCGUCCGGCCCCAUAUAACGUUUGCCCUCGGCCGUCGUCGAGGAGAGCGGGCCUGCGUACGUCCUCCGCUACCCUCGGGCCGUGCGUGGCCGUGGAUCGGAUGGACGAUGAGCACUGCUAUACAGCCGACACUUAUUAGACGACACGCGCACGACGUUUGCCAUCUAGCCAUCGGCGGCGUUGUUCCUAGAGUAUCCUACGGUGGGGAGGAUUUAUCGGCUGCACAUCGUGCACUCACCAUCGUGUGUAGAUCAAUUCCGAUGGACGAUCAUCUGGCGGUGCUGGCGCGCGGCGAGGGGUGGACGGAGGAGCGGCACGCGGCGUUCCUCGACGGCGUCGAGCGCUCCUUCGUGCAGGAGGUGCUCGUGGGCGCCGCCGGCGUCAGCGAGGAGCGGCGGGCGUCGCGCAGGCUCUGCCACCGGGGGCCGCCGCCCGCCGGCGGCCGCGGCCAGCUCCCGCUGGAUCGCCCCCUCCCCGACAGCGCCGUGGAGUCCAACCGCCGGGGACCCUCCCGGCCCGCAGCCCGCGACGCCAAAUGACGCAGGUUGCGUCUCAUGAAUCUGAAGUUAACAAGCUAGCUAGAGUGAUAAAUUUCCUUCUAGAACCGUAGCCUCCAAAGUCCAAAGUUGUAUGCGUCGCAGUGGAAGUGAUGUUUUCCAGAUCUGUGCAGUUAUGCCGAUAUUUGUCUUUGUCAAUGUGCCUUUCAUGGCGGGGCAUGGUGUGUAUGUUGGUGAUGCACUAGUUCAUCAUUUAUCUUAAGGAGCUCUCUUCAUAAAA